AUGGAAAAGGAGACACAGUUGAAUCCAAAUAUGACAAGUACAAUAUGUAUAGAUAUUCCAACUUAUGUAAAUUCCAAAGGUUUGUGGGUUGAAUUUGAUGACUCUGAAUGGUGGUUGAAGCCUUCUUUGCCUCUUCUUGAGUUUCAGUUGAUUGUGCUAUGCUUCUCCUUGGCAAUUACAUAUUUCUUUCUCAAGCGUCUUGGGAUCUCCAAGAUUUCCUGUCAAAUUCUUACAGGCCUGGCAUUCGGGUGGUCGUGGAAUGAAUGGGACGAGGCAAAACGAAAGAAUUUGAACAUUGGAAGUCAAGAAGUGCUUGCAUUACUGGCAGAAUUGGGGUACACUUUGUACACUUUUUUAAUUGCAGCAAAAGUUGAUUUAAGAAUGACAGUAGCAACAGGAAAACGUGCAUUACUCAUUGGAAUUUCAGCCUUAUUACUCCCUCUAAUCACAGAGACAUUGGUUGUAAGUAUGGUUGUUGAAGACUUGGCAUUGACAUUGAGGCAAAGGUUCGCCCUUCCCUCGUUGAGUAGCUUUCAUGCAAUAAUUUCAUUUCCUGUUGUUGCUUCACUUGUAAAAGAGCUUCAUAUUAUGAACUCAGAAUUGGGGCGUUUAUGCCUUUCCUCUGCCUUGAUUAGUGACUUUGUUGGUACAUUCAUUUUAAUCAUGAAAGGCCAUAUUAAACGAUAUCAUAUGAACACUUCAAGAAUCUCAACUGAAGUGGGGGCUUUAAUGGUGCUCAUACUUGUGGCUUUCUUUGUGUUAAGACCUGCAAUGUUUUGGAUCAUCAAGCAAACACCUCAAGGAAUGCCUGUGAAGAGUUGUUACAUUGAUGGGGUUGUUUUUUUAGCUCUUUUAUACAUUGUUUUAGGGACUUUUACAGGUCAUGCUUCCAUUAUAGGAGCUUAUGUUAUGGGGUUGGCUAUUCCCGAUGGAGCUCCUUUAGCAUCCACACUUGUGAGUAAAUUUGAGUGCCUUGUUGAAGAUGUUUUUAUGCCUAUUUUUGUCACUACCUGUGCUUUGAGAGCUGAUUUGUCAAAGAUUUCAGCCACUACAUUUGAUGUUGUUUUCACUAAAUUGAACAUAAUUCUGCUUUGUGUGGCCUGUACUGUCAAAUUUGUAGCUUCUGUUUCGUCUUCUAGAUAUUGCAAGUUGCCCUUCAAGGAUGCUUUGGCACUUUCUCUUAUUAUGUGCUCCAAAGGUCCUGUGGAAUUGAUUUUUUACACAAUAUUCAGGGACAAUCGUUUUAUUGACAAUGAGCUUUUUGGAUGCUUCGUUGUUUGGAUAUUGUUUUUUGCAACCAUGGUGCCAAUUGCAGUGAAAGGGUUGUAUGAUCCUUCAAGGAAAUAUGCUUGCUAUCAAGAUAGAAACAUCAUGCAUUUGAAUCGCUUCUCUGACAAGCUUCGACUCCUCGCCUGCAUUCAUCAACAUGAAAAUGUCAAUGCCAUUAUUCAUCUUCUGAAUCUCUCAUGCCCUACAAUCGAGAACUCGAUCAUUGUUCAUAUAUUCCAUCUCAUUGAGCUCCCUGGACGGAUCACUCCCAUCUUCAUUUCACACAAACGACAAGGUAACUCCUUUGACAAGCGCUCCUACUCCCAACAAAUCGUUCAUUCUUUUGAUAAGUUUGAGAGAGAGAAUGAAGGGACAGCGUGCGUUGAAUGCUACACUUCUGUAUCACCAUGCACAGUAAUGCACAAUGAUGUUUGCACAUUGGCACUUGACAAGAUUGCAUCGUUUAUAAUACUUCCUUUCCAUAUAACAUGGACCGUGGAUGGUUCCAUCGGAAGAGUUGACAAAAAUGUGAGGACAUUGAACUACAGCAUCCUCGAAAGGGCUCCUUGUUCAGUCGGCAUCUUCGCCCACCGAAGCAAAUUAGAACAUUUCAGAGCAAGAAAGAGAAGUAGUUACUCAGUGUGUGUUAUUUUCUUGGGAGGGAAGGAUGAUAGGGAGGCACUAUCAUAUGCUAAACGUAUGGUAAAGGACUUGAGAGUGGAGCUAACAGUGCUUCGACUGAAGGCACCACAAAAUUAUCAAAAUAGAUCAAAGUUACAUAACAGUUGGGAAUAUAUAAUGGAUGAAGAAGUUGUUAAAGAUUUUAAAGGAAAGUGUUUGGGAGAUGAGAGAGUUGUAUAUGAAGAAAAGAUUUGUGGAGAUGGACAAGAAACAGCAUUCUUACUUAGAAAAGUAGUAGAUAUGUUUGACCUAAUGAUAGUAGGAAGAAGAAAUGGUUUAGAAACACCUCAAACUGAUGGUCUCAACGAAUGGAAUGAGUUUCCAGAGCUUGGAUAUUUGGGAGAUUUGAUUGCCUCAAGUGAGAUUAACAAUGGAACUUCUUUGUUGGUAAUACAACAACAACAAAUCUCACAUCACAUUUCCAAACACACUCUUUAG